UUAGGUAUUCAUAAAGGUUACAGUUGGGAAGUUUCUGCGCAGUCAUUAAUGGCGUACCAAACUCUAGAACGGAUAAAGGCAAAUGGGUGGUUGACUCGAAUCGAAACGACUUUAAAAACUGGACGUUCUCAAGGAUCCCAUACUCCAUCACCUAGACCUCAUAGAGAAGGUGGUUCUAGCUUGAUGAUGGGAAUCAGCAGUGGCAGGCAGAGAUCAGGGGAAAGCAAUCCCCUCUCACAAGAACUAAGAUCACCUUUGGAUAGAAUCUCCCUACCCAAGGAAAGAGUCCCACUCCUUCAUGAAGGGACAGCAAAUGCAGAAUCAGGGAGACUCCAGGAGGUUGAUAUCCAAUAUUUGGAUGAAACCCUGCCAAUCUUUCAAUCAGGAGCUAGCAAUGUCCCUUCAUCCUCUAAAAAUACAGCACAAGAGCAUGAGCAGGAUUAUGAUGCUACUCAAGACCGAUCACCAAUCAGAUCACUUAGCGAGGAUAGACUUCAUGUUUCGCUGAGACUAGGCCCUCUUCAAAUCUUCGAUGAGGGAGAAAAUGUAGCUAUCCAGAACAGUGGCAAAAGACUUAAAUCUACUGUAAGAUGGAAAAGAAAAGGCUGUUAA